CCGUUACCGUCGUGCAAGGGCUUCUGGGAGCCAGACCUCGGGGUCUCGGGGAAGGGGCGCAGGUGGCCGCCAUCUUGAGCGGCGGCCCUGUCGCUGCGUUCCACGCGGGAGGCGGAGCGGAGUCCCUGCCAUUGCCCCGCAGCGGACGCCGCCUGGGACGGGGGAAGUGUGGGGGGUCCCGGGACAGCUCCACGUUGAUGGAUGCCAUGGCUAGUCCAGGGAAAGACAACUAUAGAAUGAAAAGUUACAAGAAUAAAGCCUUAAAUUCCCAAGAGAUGCGUAGACGAAGAGAAGAAGAAGGAAUACAACUUCGAAAACAAAAAAGGGAAGAGCAACUGUUCAAACGCAGAAAUGUCUCUUUGCCUAGAGGUGAUGACUCUAUGCCAGAAAGUCCUAUUCAGGAUCCAGAUAUCAGUUCCACUGUACCCAUUCCAGAGGAAGAAGUUAUUACCAAAGAUAUGAUUCAGAUGAUCUUUUCUAAUAAUGCUGACCAACAACUAACAGCAACACAGAAAUUUAGAAAACUACUUUUUUUAGAGCCUAAUCCACCAAUAGAUCAAGUUAUACAAAAACCAGGUGUUGUACAGAGAUUUGUGAAGUUUCUUGAAAGAGAUGAAAAUUGUACUUUACAAUUUGAAGCUGCAUGGGCAUUAACUAAUAUUGCAUCUGGAACCUUCCUGCAUACCAAGGUAGUGAUUGAAACUGGGGCUGUUCCAAUCUUUAUAAAGCUUCUCAGCUCGGAGAAUGAAGAUGUUCAGGAACAGGCUGUUUGGGCACUUGGUAAUAUUGCUGGUGACAAUGCAGAAUGCAGAGAUUUUGUUUUGAAUUGUGAAAUACUGCCACCUCUUUUAGAGUUGCUAACAAAUUCAAAUAGACUUACAACAACCAGAAAUGCUGUGUGGGCCCUCUCAAAUUUAUGUAGAGGAAAAAAUCCUCCUCCAAAUUUUAGUAAGGUAUCACCUUGCUUAAAUGUUCUAUCAAGGUUACUUUUUAGCAGUGACCCAGAUGUAUUAGCAGAUGUUUGUUGGGCUCUCUCUUAUCUCUCUGAUGGACCUAAUGAUAAAAUUCAAGCAGUUAUUGAUUCUGGAGUCUGUCGAAGAUUGGUGGAACUUUUGAUGCACAAUGAUUAUAAAGUUGUAUCACCUGCACUGAGAGCAGUAGGCAAUAUUGUGACUGGUGAUGAUAUUCAAACACAGGUGAUUUUGAACUGCUCUGCAUUACCCUGUCUCUUACACUUACUAAGUAGCUCCAAGGAGUCAAUUAGAAAAGAAGCCUGCUGGACUGUUUCUAACAUCACUGCUGGAAAUAGAGCUCAGAUUCAGGCUGUCAUAGAUGCAAACAUUUUUCCUUUUUUGAUUGAGAUUCUUCAGAAAGCAGAGUUUCGAACCAGAAAAGAAGCAGCGUGGGCAAUAACUAACGCAACGUCAGGAGGCACUCCAGAACAAAUAAGGUAUUUGGUAGCCUUAGGCUGCAUUAAACCACUCUGUGAUCUUUUGACUGUUAUGGAUUCUAAAAUAGUCCAAGUGGCUUUAAAUGGACUGGAGAAUAUCUUACGUCUUGGAGAACAAGAAUCUAAGCAAAAUGGAGGCGGCAUUAAUGCAUACUGUGCCCUCAUUGAGGAAGUGUAUGGUCUGGAUAAAAUAGAAUUUUUGCAAAGCCAUGAAAAUCAGGAAAUAUACCAAAAGGCCUUCGACCUGAUUGAACAUUACUUUGGUGUAGAAGAAGAGGACCCUAAUAUCGUGCCUCAAGUGGAUGGAAACCAACAGCAGUUUGUAUUUCAGCAGCAAGAGUCACCAAUGGAAGGCUUUCAGCUUUAAUUUGUUGGGCAGAAAACAAAAAAAAAACAAACUAAUGACUAAAAAGAAAAUAUUUUUUUUUGCAAUAUAGUAGGAAUAUUUGAUGUGAUUUUAUAGAAAACAAAGAAUUUGACGCACUUAACAAGCAAAAUGAACUAAGCUUCCAUUCAGAUACAACUUUGCUUUUUUUUUUUUUUUUAAUCAAUGUGUCUGUAUUUAUGUCUUUUACUUUUUUAUUUAUUUUUGUAUCUGAAUAGUUAAGUACAUUAUGGAGUCAAUAACUGGAGCUUGACGAGGAGAACCUUAUUACAAGAUGACCUGUGGUUCUGGCUUUUCUUCUGAGCAUUCUUUGACAUUGCACUUUAGCAGUACAGUUAUUGAUAAUUGUAUCUAACAAAAAGUCUGACAGUACCCAAUCUCUUUUAAAUCUACCUCUAUUUAAAGCAAAAGUAAAACCAAAAAAAUCCAGAAGCACGAACCGUGAUUGACAUAAGAACUAAUUAGAAUGUGAAAACACUUACAAAAUGAUAUAUCACUGUGCUAUUGUUACACUUUGCAAAAAAAAAAAAGUUAUAACCUGUAAAAUUUAUGGAGCAGAAGAAAUAUUGUACAGUCUGCCAGUUUUAAGUGUGACAGUUUUGUAAAGAGAAAUGCUGUUCUUCAUAUUGAGCAGAUUAAAAUUGUUACACAUUUCAAUAUUUUGUUUUAACAUAUAAAUCCUGUUACAAUAGUACAUUUUAUAUUUUAGCUAAAUAUACUAUCAUUUUUGAAAAUAUUUUAUUAUUUUUUUCACUAUUUCUAAGAACAUCAUGAUAAGGAUACUGUCAUGAAUCUAAAAUAGCAAAAAUACUAUAAUUUUUUUCUCUGAUUUUUCCAGAGCAGUUACUGAAAAGCUUCACUAUAUCUGUAAUGAACUUUGGUACUUGAAUGGCAAAAUAUUUUAAAGAAAGCACCUUGUUUCAUGGGUGAAAUUUUGUUAAAUGCACUCCUUGUCUGGACACUAAAGGGUGAUAAUACUUAAAAUUCUAAGGAUUGCUUAAUAUAGUUAUAAUCUAUCAGUAUAUUGGGAACUUGGGUGUAUAAAACUUCGAGGGUUAUACUGCUUGUUAGGAAUCAGCAUAUUAGAUUACGUUUAUGUCAGAUCGCUCAAUAUAAUGCGUGUUUUAUGUAUUAACAGCAAAAACCUCUUCAGACUGAAACUUUGAAAAGUUUGAAUAGAAAAAUUUGUAUUUAUUUAUUUAUAGAUGUGUGUGUUACUCUCAUGGUACUACUACUCAAUAGGGUUUUUUAAGCAAAUGUGUUACAAUUGAACUCGGUCUUUAAUAGUUAUCUGCAAGUGAUUUAAAUUUCCAGUUAUAUAUCUAAAAAUACUUUAAAUACUUUAAGUACUUUGGUUUAUACCUCUUUGAAGAUGGAAAUAAAGCAUUUUGUAUGAUUCAUAGUCUAUUCUGUAAAGAAAAAGCUCAUUUACAAUAUUAUUUAUAAUGUUUCUGCUGGAAAUCAGAGGCAUGUAACAAGAAAUAUAGUACUUUUAAGCAGUAUGACAGUUUGUAAAUUACAUAUCAUGAAGUGAUAUAAUAAUAUAAUAUAUAUAUAAUUAACUUAUAUAUACAUAACUUAUAUAUACAUAACUUAUAUAUAUAAUUAACUUAUAUAUAUAAUUAACUUAUAUAUACAUAAUUUUGACAAGACACUGAAAACCUAUUGCUGUAAAAUACAGGUUUGAUUGGUGUCCAUAAUACUGACAUGUCUGCCAAACUUCUUAUAUUGUUAAGUAAAAGAUUGUAUCUGUGUCCUUUUUAUUGUGGUAGAUGUUAUGAAAUUUAGAAUAAAAUGUAUGUCUUUUACACUAUGUAUAUUUAAAAGAACCAGGUAGUUAUAUUUAAGAUGAUCAAAUUAAUGAUGUAUUUAUCAGAUAAACACUCUGGUACAGAGGGUUUUCAGUAUCAGGUGACAGGGUAUCCAUUAUUUCUAAUGAAUCAAACUUGACAAUGCCACAAAAUUCAUAAACUAGCCAGCUGUGCCUCCUUUUUUCAGAAUCCUGUAGUCACAUUAAUAAAUGAGUCAAAUCUUUCAAAAAAAAAAAAAAAAACCUAAGGGAAAUAUAUGAGUUUGUCUAAGUUUUUAAAUUUUUUUUG